AUGGAACUGUAUAUAAAUUCCUUAAAUUUAUUACUUUUACUAAGUACCCAGUUCAUCCUCUUCGGUAUCUCUGAGUUACUUUACAAGCCGGAAGAUAAUGUGGAGCAGCUUAAUUUCACCACAUUUGAAGCUAAACUUGGAGAUCCGACAUCGGGAAAGUUGGUGAAGUUCUACAACGCCUUUUGUGAGGAUAGCCAAAACUAUUUACCCGGAUUCAGGAAUCUAUCCCGUAGACUUUACAAAUGGCGAAGGAUAUUGAAAAUCUAUGUCCUAGAUUGUUCGCAGGAUGACAACAAUAAGAUCUGUCGUAGCUACAUCAUUCGUAGUACCCCAACAUUAAGAUACUUUCCACAAAGCUACCAGCGAAUGCCAAAUGAUUUAGGUACGGAUAUCACAAGUCGAAAUGUUAGGGAAAUUCAAUCGGAUCUGGCUUUGUUUCUCAAGGAUUUGGACCACUUUAAUAUGUUUAAGCGGGAGGAUAACGUGGCGGAUAUAUUUAAGGACAACGCAAAUUUAAAGUACGUUGUCAUGGUCUUCCAGAUGUGCUUGUCCGAGUUCCUUCCACAUUUCGAAACUGGAAAUUCCGAUGAGGAGAGGUUCGCAUCCCUGGAUGAUUGCAAUGAAAACAAUCCCGUGGUGGCGGCUAUUGGUAGGAACACCCUCCUUGAACUACUGCCCUAUGAGGACGUCAUUGUGCGGAUCUUCGAUGAUCAUGAGAUUUACACGAAGUUCGGAAUAUCACCAGUACCUAACUUGCUAGUGAUGGUUAAUCGCGAUGGAAAUCAUUUACUCCUUACACCCGAGGUGGAUACCAGUCAUGCCUAUGUGGCUGCCGUUCAGCAAUUCCUAAUCUUUAUUAAUAAAAACCCGCAGAAACCAUUACCGAAAACUCUGCCCCCUAACAUCGAGGAGGCCUUGCGCUACGAGAUCUUCGAGCAUCACAAACACCAUUCCCAUCGAAUCUUUCGAGCUGAUUUGGAGCGAGCUAUUGAUCAAAUCCUAAACGUAGAGCUCCUUCGACCCACACACUUUGUUGGAGCAAAGCUAACUGUCUUGCGGAAUUUUCUUCGACUUUUGAAAUUCUUAAGUCCUCUGAAAGAAGAGGCAAAAGAAAGACUGGUCGGUCUGUAUUAUUCGAUGAGACUUAAAAGGAAGCUCACUAGGGCUGGACUCCAGGAAAUAUUGUUAAAAUCACUGAAGGAUUACCAAUUUGAUGGAAAGCAAUACGUAGGCUGCAUUGCCUCUCGUCCUUCUUUACGUGGUUUCAACUGCUCUCUUUGGACACUAUUCCAUUAUCUUUCCGUGGAAUCGGAACAUAUUAAAAUUGCAUCCGUCGUCUUGGUCUUUCAUGGAUACGUCAAAUUGUUUAUGAACUGCAAAGAAUGUAGUCAGAAGAUUAAGGAGUUUAAGAAGAUCUAUCCUAUUGCUAAUAUCACCGAAAAUAAUCAAGAAAUAUUGUGGCUAUGGCGAGCACAUAAUUAUGUCAACAAGGAGUUAGCCGGUGAUUCUACAGAGGAUCCGCUAUUCCCCAAGAUUCAGUUUCCAAGUGAGAAAGAUUGCCCCAACUGUCGGGGUAACAAGUCCGAAUGGCGUACUGAUGAGGUGCUGAAAUAUCUUAAAACUAUCUAUUGCUUGAAGAACCUCAGCUGGUUUGGAAUGUCAUCGGCAAAAGCUUAUACUUAA